CCCAAAACUGUGCGUACCGUCCUUCAACAUCAUUUGAGGUACGUCUGCUACUCUUUGGUGGGUGUGGCCUGAUCAAUACGGGGGAUACCAUUUGAAAUCGCAAAACUCGUUCAGCAAGUUACAUUUAUAGCCGUUAUGUUGAAUUAAAGGUUGAACAUCGUGCUGUCUUACUGAACACACCCCUUGUGUCCUCGUUGUGGAUUUUUGGGUGGGUUUGCGAGCGCACAACCCGGACAGGCACCAAAAACGAGUUCCCCAUUCUGUGCUAGCCAGAUACAUGCAAGUUACUGUAGCCUCCACAAUCAUAGGCAAGGAUGACCGAAAGCUCCGCGAACAAGCCGGCCAAUGGACAAGUUUGUCACCGAGUGAAGAACGGCGUUAAACCGGGCAGAAACGGUUUCAUAAAAAAACAUCACCAUUACCAUCAUCAGCAGCCGAUGUACUGCUAUCCGGAGGACAAGGUGCAGCACACCGCGUGUAAUGGCAGCAGCGGCCUGGGCCUGUACAGUCGUCCCUUCAUCGAGUCUUUUGAGGAAACGCCCAUGCUGGUGGCGGUCCUCACCUACAUGGGCUACGGCAUCCUCACCAUCUUCGGAUACCUCCGAGACUUCCUCCGGGACUGGAAGAUCGAGAGGUGUCACGUUGCCCGCGAGAGGGAGGAGCAGAGGGACUUUGUCCCACUUUACCAGGACUUUGAGAACUUUUACACCAGGAACUUAUACAUGCGCAUCCGUGACAGCUGGAACCGACCCAUCUGCAGUGUCCCGGGGGCCAAGGUGGACCUAGUGGAACGUGUGUCACCUGACUACAACUGGACCUUUGACUACACAGGCAAAGUGGUUGAAGGUGUAAUAAACAUGGGUUCCUAUAACUACCUGGGCUUUGCUGAGAACACGGGUUACUGUGCUGACGCGUCCGCUGAGGUCACCAUGAAGUACGGGGUGGGCGUGGCCAGCACCAGGCAGGAGAUGGGUAACUUAGACAGACAUGAGGAGAUGGAGGAGCUGGUUGCUAAAUUCCUGGGCGUGGAGUCGGCCAUGGCUUUCGGGAUGGGCUUCGCUACGAAUUCGAUGAACAUCCCUGCCCUUACUGGCAAGGGCUGUCUAAUCCUAAGUGAUGAGCUGAACCAUGCCUCUCUGGUCCUGGGAGCCAGGCUGUCUGGGUCCACCAUCCGUGUCUUCAAACACAACAACAUGCAAAGUCUGGAGAAGAUGUUGAGAGACGCCAUAGUCCACGGCCAGCCCAGAACACACAGGCCGUGGAAGAAGAUCCUCAUACUGGUGGAGGGUAUAUACAGCAUGGAAGGCAGUAUAGUACGUCUACCUGAAGUCAUAGCUCUGAAGAAGCGCUACAGGGCCUAUCUGUACCUGGACGAGGCCCACAGUAUUGGGGCUCUGGGGCCAGGGGGCCGAGGUGUGGUCGACUACUUUGGUCUGGACCCCCGAGACGUGGACGUCAUGAUGGGGACGUUCACCAAGAGCUUUGGCGCCGCUGGGGGCUACAUUGGAGGCAGGAAGGAGUUGUUGGAGUACCUGCGCUCCCACUCUCACAGUGCGGUGUACGCCGCGUCCAUGUCACCUCCUGUCGUGGAGCAGAUCAUCGCUUCUGUGAAGUGCAUUAUGGGGGAGGACGGGACGACGCUUGGUCGUGAUCGCGUGCAGCAGUUGGCAGAGAACACUUUGUAUUUCCGUAGGAGACUGACAGAGAUGGGCUUUAUCAUCUACGGAAACAACGACUCGCCCGUAGUUCCCAUGAUGCUCUACAUGCCGGCCAAGAUAGGGGCGUUUGGUAGAGAGAUGCUGAAGAGGAACAUCGGGGUGGUGGUGGUGGGCUUUCCAGCCACACCCAUCAUUGAGUCCAGAGCACGAUUCUGUAUCUCUGCCGCUCACACCAAAGACAUGCUCGACAAGCUUCCACUUCCUAGUGCAGCGUUUCCCAAACUUGGGUACAGGACCCCAUGUGGGGUCACCAAAUUGAAAAAUGGGGUGGAUAGAGAAAAUAAAACUUACCUUGGCCCUGAGUGUGAUCAGUGAGGUAGGAGACCUGCUGCAGGUCAAGUACUCCAGACUCAAGAGACUGCCCUUUCUGGACUGAGUCGUCGACCAUAGCAUCUACGACCAGAUACAAGACUGAACUGGACCACAGUGGUCUAGACCGGAUCGGACCAGAUUGGACUGGCAGUCUUCCACACCCAGAACCAAAAUGUGCUCACCUUGAUGUCACAGAACCACUUUAUUCAUCUAACACAAGGUUUUAACUUUCACACGCCUGCCUUAUUUUACCAGCAAACUCACUGCAUUAUGGCGAAGAAGAAGAGAAAAACUUGGAAAACAUGUAUUUUUUCAAACGAUUAUUUCUUACCUCUGUUUUGUCUUAAAUAAUGAAAUGUUGGGUCUGCAUCUUAAUUUGUGGCAUUUUGUUUCUGGAGGAUUAGUAGACUGAGGACUGCUUAUGUGUGCUUGUAGCUGCUUUUUGUCAUGCCUAUGUCAUGUCAUCUCUGACUGUGUGUGUUUGGGAGAAAUGGUGUGAUUUGGAAAGACCAACCUAAAUGUAGCUUACGAAGCUUUCGGAAGUAUUUAAACAUUUGAGGAGAGAUGGGGAGUUGAAGAAAAACAACAACAAGAAUAAUCAACACAAACAAACUGAUUUCUAAAGGUCAUAAAACACACUGAGUUUCUGUUAGAAGUGUCCCUUAGGUACAGAUCUAGGACCAGCUUACCCUCCACAAAACCUAUCCUUACCCAUUGGGGUUGAAAUGUGUAACUGACCUUAGCACAGUGUCAAGGGGCAAUGUUAUCCUACUCUACUCAGUGAUGGUAUUGCUAUGAAGUACAGUUUAGGAGUGCUUUGAGAUGCAUGUUUAGUGUAACCAACUCCUGGAGCUAAACUUUGCUAUUCUAACUUGCAGCCAGGAACCGUGUCUUACUUGAAUCUCUAACUACGUUCUCUUUCCAAAGUAUAUAUGAUUUUUAUUUACAGAUGACUAUAUCUCAUAACAGGUCAGAGUGAGAGACGUUGUACCAAGGCCUUUACUUUCAGAUGAGGGGGGAGGGGGGGGGGCAGCAGACUUUGUCAAGACAGACUUAGUCUUAACCAAACGUGUGUGUGACAGAGAGUUGUUUAAUGUACAGAUUUAUUUAUUCAUUGUUUCCAUGUUUUUUUUCUUUUUUUUUUCUCAAUUUUGAAAAAAUUUAACAUUUUAUCACUGGCAGCUCUGAAGCCAUGUUCUGCAUGCACAUACCUUUACACCUCUCUGACUGAUCACAUGCCUUCAGUGCAAUCACUACUGAUGUGUAUUUUAUUGUUUGGCACACCUUAGCGCUGCAUGCACAGUAUGACGUAGUCACUGACGCUGCUAGUACACCAUGAAACAAGGUGCUCAACUGUACACACUACCUACAUACAACACUCCUUCCUGUGGCUUUGUUUUUGUUUUUAAAUACAACCUGAACUCAUUCCAAAAUUACUGAUUUUAUUGUAUGAAAUUGAUAUCUCUUUGAAGACAAGGACAUGUUCUGUUUGUGUAAAAAAAAAAUCUUUGAGAGUUUAUUAAUAUAAGUGCCCUGCAAAGAGCUGGAGGAGAGACAUUUAAGAUCAUUGAAAAUAUUGAAUAUAGAGAACUAAAUAGAUUUUCAUUCAUUUUUAUUACUGUACAAAGAACUCUCACAAUGACAAAUGAUUUGACUCAUUCAGCUAGCUGUUUUUUUUUUGUUUCCUCAAAGGCAAAAAGUUAGAAGUAAAUCUGCACUGGAUGUGUGUAAAAAUGUAUUUUGUAUAUUUCUAUUUUUCUUGUUUGCACAAAGAGAAAUACAACAUGAUACUGAUGAGGUGUCAAAGUCUUAACGUCAAACUUCUUAAGAUUUAAACACUGUCCUUAUGCCUCAUCUGUGGAUGACCUGUCUCUUGGGUGAGAUACAGGGUGUGAGUGGCCAUUCAACUGCUUUAAAAAAGAAAAUACAUGUAUGUGUUCUAACAUAACUUGGAUGUGCUACAAAUAGUGCAUAAUAAUAGCUGUACUUUUUUUGGAUCAAAGACAAAUGCAGUGUUUGCUACAUAUCAGUGGAUUACCUAUUUGUACCUGUUUCACUCAUGUUACGGACAUCAAAAUGUCAUUAAAAUAAUGUAACAAUG